CAUUAAUUGAAGGAGGAGCAUUUUGGAAGUAUUUUUUUUGACAGGGGAGGCAACUGACAAAACUAGUGGAAAUUCUAAAACUACUACUCUGCCAACAUCUACCUUGCCCCAUGAAGACCACAUUAGAAACCAACUGAAGCAAUGAGGUUUCAUCUGAGGUUUUACCUGCAUUACCUGGUUCUGCUGGGUUUCAGCGGUGUAAUUUCGAUUUAUGGCCCAAACCAGAGGGCCCAGAAGACAGGUGACAUACUGCUAGGGGGGCUUUUCCCAAUACACUUUGGAGUGGCAUCCAAAGACCAAGAUCUUGCAGCGAGGCCAGAGUCAACUGAGUGUGUCAGAUAUAACUUUCGUGGAUUCCGUUGGCUACAGUCUAUGAUCUUUGCUAUAGAAGAAAUCAACAACAGCUCUACUCUACUUCCAAACAUCACGCUUGGCUACCGUAUAUUUGACACAUGUAACACUGUCUCGAAAGCCCUGGAGGCAUCGCUGAGCUUUGUUGCACAGAAUAAGAUUGAUUCACUCAACUUGGACGAGUUCUGUAACUGCACAGGGAACAUCCCAUCAACCAUUGCAGUGGUUGGGGCUUCUGGAUCUGCAGUAUCUACAGCCGUGGCUGAUCUUCUGGGCCUCUUCUACAUUCCUCAGAUCAGCUAUGCUUCAUCCAGUCGACUUUUGAGCAACAAGAAUCAGUACAAAUCAUUCAUGAGGACUAUCCCCACAGAUGAGUAUCAGGCUAUUGCCAUGGCUGCCAUCAUUGACCACUUCCAGUGGAACUGGGUGAUUGCCAUCGCCUCUGAUGACGAGUAUGGCCGUCCAGGUAUUGAAAAGUUUGAGAACGAAAUGUUUCACAGGGACAUCUGCAUUGAUCUUAAUAUUUUAAUUUCACAAUACAUCGACGAAGCUGAGAUUCGCAGCCUGGCAGACCGUAUCGAAAACUCGACCGCUAAAGUCAUCGCCGUGUUUGCUAGUGGACCGGACGUCGAGCCACUCAUUAAAGAGAUGGUGAGGCGAAACGUCACAGACCGUGUCUGGUUGGCGAGUGAGGCGUGGGCCAGCUCUAGCCUGGUUGCCAAGCCAGAGUACCUUGAUGUCAUGGGAGGAACGAUCGGCUUUGCGCUGAGGGCUGGUCAUAUACCCGGCUUUAAAGAAUUCUUACAGCAAGUGCAUCCAAAAAAGUCCAGCCAUAAUGAAUUUGUGAGGGAAUUUUGGGAGGAGACUUUUAACUGUUACCUAGAAGAUAGUCCAAGGAAUGAGGACAGUGAAAAUGGCAGUACAAGUUUCAGACCUCUGUGUACUGGUGAAGAAGACAUUGCAAGUGUGGAGACGCCGUACCUGGACUACACGCACCUAAGGAUUUCUUACAACGUGUAUGUAGCUGUUUAUGCCAUAGCACAAGCACUUCAGGACAUACUUACCUGCACACCUGGAAAAGGACUGUUUGCUAAUGGCUCUUGUGCAGACAUUAGGAAAGUUGAAGCAUGGCAGGUUCUGAAACAACUGAGACACCUCAAUUUCAUAAACAGCAUAGGGGAGAGGGUGCGCUUUGACAAUGGCAGUGAGCUCUCAGCAAAUUAUACCAUCAUAAACUGGCAUCGAUCACCUGAGGAUGGUUCUGUCGUAUUUAAGGAGGUUGGUUAUUACAGCGUACAUAACAAGAACGGAGCCAAACUUUCCAUCGACAAGACAAAAAUGCUGUGGAAUGGUCGUCUAACUGAGACAAUACAUUGUUUCCCUUUUCUUUUCCAGGUACCAUUUUCCAACUGCAGUGAGGAGUGUGAACCUGGAACCAGAAAAGGAAUUAUUGAUGGCAAACCCACAUGCUGCUUCGAGUGUACAGAGUGCUCGGACGGGGAGUACAGUGAUCAUAAAGAUGCCAGUGUUUGCUCUAAAUGCCCAAACAACUCCUGGUCUAACGGCAAUCACACAUCCUGCUUUCUAAAGGAGAUUGAGUUUCUGUCUUGGACUGAACCAUUCGGGAUCGCUUUGGCCUUAUUUGCAGUUCUCGGGGUUCUGUUAACAGCUUUUGUGUUGGGAGUUUUUGUGCAAUUCCAUGACACUCCAAUCGUGAAAGCGUCAAACCGAGAGCUGUCGUUUCUUCUGCUUUUCUCACUCAUCUGUUGUUUCUCCAGCUCUCUUAUAUUCAUCGGUGAGCCGCAGGACUGGAUGUGCCGCUUACGGCAACCAGCUUUUGGAAUCAGCUUUGUGUUAUGCAUCUCUUGCAUUCUAGUUAAAACCAAUCGGGUCCUGCUGGUGUUUGAAGCCAAAAUCCCCACCAGCCUCCACCGUAAAUGGUGGGGACUGAACCUGCAGUUCCUACUGGUGUUCCUGUUCACAUUUGUGCAGGUGAUGAUCUGCGUCGUUUGGUUGUACAACGCUCCACCGGGGAGUUACAAGAACUAUAACAUUGACGAGAUCAUCAUUAUCACCUGUAACGAGGGAUCCAUGAUGGCGUUGGGGUUUCUCAUCGGUUACACGUGCCUGCUGGCGGCCGUUUGUUUCUUCUUUGCGUUCAAGUCUCGGAAACUUCCCGAAAACUUCACCGAGGCCAAGUUCAUAACAUUUAGCAUGCUCAUUUUCUUCAUCGUUUGGAUCUCCUUCAUCCCUGCAUACUUCAGCACGUAUGGCAAAUUUGUCUCGGCGGUUGAGGUCAUCGCCAUUCUGGCUUCCAGCUUUAGUUUGCUAGCCUGUAUCUUUUUCAACAAGGUCUACAUCAUUCUCUUAAAACCAUCCAGGAACACGAUUGAGGAGGUUCGUUGUAGCACAGCAGCUCACGCCUUCAAAGCGGCCGCGAAGGCAACGCUACGGCACAGCUCUGCCUCCAGGAAGAGGUCAAGCAGUGUGGGUGGCUCCUCUGCCUCCUCGCCCUCUUCGUCUAUCAGCCUGAAGACCAAUGGGAACGAAACGGAGUCCCCCUCCACACGGAGACAUAGUCACAAACCAAGGGUGAGCUUCGGAAGCGGAACAGUCAGUCUCUCCUUAAGCUUUGAGGAAGCUCGAAAGAACUCAGUCAAAUGAGGACACAGACUGGUUUGCGAAUGAUUGUACUUCCACUGUAAUGCAAACCUCGUUUUUGGUUUAAGGAUAUGGUUGGUUUUGUAAUCAGUGGUGGCUGUUUCCGUUAUUUUCUCCAAAGCAAGCUCCGCUAAAUAGGAGAACAGCCAGAACCCCUCCCAGUCUUCAGGCACGGACUAAUCUCUGUCAACAACACACAGACUUGCCAUAACUUAUGGACACAAAAGAGUCAUUUGCGUUUAGCACAGCAUUCUUUCAUAGACACUUAUUAGGUCACUCUGUUUAAGGCAUCUGCUAAAUGCCUUAAAUGUAACACAGAAGCAGAUAAAUAAAACAAAAACACCUGAUUUAUGUCCAAUGUGAUUUCUAGUUCCUUGAUAAUAGUUUUA